GGGGGGAACAACGAGGGGAAUCACCGAAAAAGAGCAGCGGCUCUAGCCGCGGCUAUCUACGUAGCUCCGGCGAGUAGUGGCGGCGGUGAGCGCGGUUGUGAUCUCCAACUCCGGUCAUGGUUCCUUCAAGCUCCAAUUUCUUCAAUUUCAUCAUCUUCUUCAACAAUUUGAUAUCCUAUUUUCUGAAGAAAAAUAUAGCAGAAGGCCAAAAAUGAAGAAAGGAGAUGAGUCAAGCUCCCGACCACGAACACGCUGGUCCCCAAGGGGAGCAGGAGCACGUGAGCAUGCACACUGAAGCGUCAAGCUUCACACCGCAACAGCAGGUUUCGGAGCCCCAGGUUUUGCAGCCGAUAGAUGCCCCACAGGCGAUUCCUAUCUUCCAGCCGCAGUUGGCAGCCAACAUGCUUAACCUCCUCCAACAUGCUUAACCCCAAGUUCACGGGAUCUUAAAGCUGGCUGAGAGUGAAACGUUUCUUACGCUUAUAUAUUUGGAAACAUUAAAAUUAAAAUACACCCGCAUCUCAAACCAUUUUCAAUAUGGAAAACAAUGGAAAUAAUGUCCCAAAAAACUUUGAGAAAAAACUACACUCAUGGAU